UCAACACUGUUGCGCAUUCUCUAAUGCUGGGAUCUCUAUAGUGGAUGCUCUUUUAAAAUGGCCUACUGCAUAUUGUUGGCCAAGAAAAUCAACAUAUAAUUUCAGCAUAUUUUCACACAGAGUUGAAUAAACAGAGUAAAUUGUGUUUUCAGGUGGGCUUCUGUGCGUAAAUCUUUCAGACAUGGUCAUAAAAUAAACAUGGGUUGUCUAACAAGCAGACCCUGGCGUCGAUCUUCAGUUCACAGACUGGAGGACCCCGUCUUGAUGUCUGAUGAAUCAUCAGGAAAUCACAUGCACAUGGCAGUGGCCUUGUGUAACUUUCCACCCCACAGGUCUGAUGAACACACUAUAUUUUUAGGCGACAGACUGAACAUUAUAUCAGAAGAUGAAGACAUGUUGAUGGUUUAUUCUACAACAACUGGCACAGAGUUUUUCAUUCCUAACACCUACGUUUCCAAAGUGCAUAAUCGGUGGCUGUUUGAAGGGAUCACAAGAAGAAACGCAGAACAACUUCUUUUGCUGCCUCCAAACUACUCCGGAUGUUUUCUCAUUCGAGAAAGCCAGUCAUGCCCGGGUUCCUACUCACUUUCCAUGCGACAAGAUAAAGACAAUGUGCACAAUGUAAAGCACUACAAAAUCCAUCAGCUCCACAACGGCUGGUUCUACAUCCAUCAGAGCCAUUACUUCUCCACUCUCACACAGUUGGUGGACUAUUACUCACGGUCUUCUAAUCGUACGUACUGUCAGCUGACUGAACCUUGCUUACUUCAUGACUCCAACAGAGCUAUGCAUAGACCCUCACCAAUAUCAGUCCAGAGGUCCAAUCUUAACUGGAGAGAUUUGUCCAGGUCAAUGAUUCAAAGGCAGGUAAAGGGAACUGACCAGGAGUGUCUGGUCAGUGAAGGACUAAGAGAGACUAUGAAAGCAUAUUUUUAUGUCACAGAGGACUCGAUUUUGACUGAGUGACAUCCAACACAGGACAGACUUGUAAGACUCUGAUGAAGUUAAGUUAAAGAUGUUUUGGGUAUUUGGUGGGCAUUUUGACCACAAUACAGGUGUCAUACGCGAUUAAUGAUGUUUUGUUAAUUAUUUAAUGAUUGUUUUUGUAUGUCAAUGACGUUUUUUCAUGUUAUAGUUAUGUUUUGUGUCUGUCAUAGUGUGUAGGAUGCAUUACCUUGGGAAACUACAGAAUAAAUUGCUCAGUUGAUCAGAAGGACCCAACAGAAAACAAAUUAACAAUUUAUAGUAGCCUAAUAAUUUAUGACAUUGUAUUCCGUUUAUAGUAAAAACUGUUGUCACAAAUGGUAGUCCACUGGCCUCUUCCUUUUUUAAAUAGAUGACAUUUAAAGUUAAGUCUCAACGUUUGUAAAUGUGCUGUAAUGUUGAAAUGCUGAAUUGUUAUUUAGAAGGCAGGUCAAUACAUGUUGAUUUUGAUUUAAACGUUUCCUAGCCUAUGAGUGUCUUUUCAGCUGUCUGCAACGUAUGUAUUAAAAAAGCUGGUUUUAUUUAAAAAAAACAAAACAAAACAGUAUA